AUGCGCUUCUUUCCGGUUAUCACUACUGCGCUCCUGGUCGCGACCGGAGUGGCCGGUGCACCUCCUACGUCUUCUGCAGGUCCGGUUGUUGCGAAUCAAGACAAUGUUCCCGCCGCUGCUGCCACCAAUGCUGAGUCAGACGUAUCGAAUGCCGCUGCUGCUGCUGCUGCCGCCGCCGCUACGACUACGUCUAAGCCCGAAGGCGCGAAAGUACCGGAUACAAAUACCGACCAGAACACAGCCACGGUUCAGAAUAAUAAUGCCCCUGUGGUCGGCGCCAAUCCUGUAACUGUGCCAGCGCCUUCGGUUCCGGGGAAUACUCAAACUUCGACAAGUAAGGCUGCCGCCCCAGCCCCAUCUUCCGAUGCUUCAUCUGGCUCGAGCUCUUCAUCAUCAGCCAGCACCGAGUCUAUUGGUUCCGAUAUAUCUUCCGCCCUUGGCAACCUGCUCGGUCUCGGAUCAGGUAAUGGCGACCCUCUCGGCGGUCUCGGAGAGCUUCUUCAGGGUCUGGAGAACUUGUUAAAUCCCGAUUUCCUGGCGGAGGUCACAGAUACCUUCAAGUAUCUGUCUACUUCGCUGGCUCCCCCUGUCGACACGACGCUACGUACUCUCGUCGCCAAUGCCAACAAUUUGUUGACGGCCUCGUUUGUCCAAAAGACAGAGACUCUUAUCGACAAUGCCAACAAUUUGUUGACGGCCUCUUUUGUCCAAAAGACAGAGACUCUUAUCGACAAUGCCAACACCCUGCUCACCUCGUCAUUCAUAUCUAAGACAGAGACUUUGAUUGACAACGCCAAUCUCUUGCUUACCAAGGGAUUCGUGACCAAGACCGACAAUUUGAUCGACAGUGCCAGUAGUUUGCUCACUCCGGCGGUUGUCAAGGACCUCAAGUCUUUGCUCGAUCAAAUCACUCCUCUGCUACCCGAGCUCAAGGGCCUGCUCACCCCUGCAACGAUCAAGACCUUGCAGAAUCUUUUGACGAACGCCAGCAGCCUGUUGACCGCUCAAUUUGUCAAGGAGACCGACCAUCUGGUCACUGAGGCCAACUCUUUGUUGAGCGCGAACGUUGUUCAGGAUCUGAAGGAUCUGUUGAACCAGAUUGCUCCUCUGCUGCCCGAACUCAAGGGUCUCCUGAAACCGGCGACUCUUAAGGAAUUGCAGAACCUGUUGACGAACGCCAAUGACUUGUUGACGCCAGCCAGCGUUAAUAUGAUUGGCAACCUCCUGUCCAAUGCCAACAGCCUGCUGACACCUUCCUUGGUGAAGGGCCUGAAGGGUCUCCUCGGUGAUGUCGAGCCUCUCCUGCCUGAACUCAAGAUGCUGCUCAAGCCGGCGACGAUUUCCUCCAUCGCCAACCUCUUGACCAAUGCCAACAGCUUGCUCUCGACCGCCAAUGUGCACGAGAUUGAGAGCUUGCUGUCCAACGCCGGCAGUCUCCUGACAGCUUCGAAUACGAAGGAAAUCGAGAACUUGCUCUCCAACGCCAACGGCUUGCUCACGCCUUCCUUCAUCCACGAGACAAGCAGCCUCAUCAGCGAUGCAAGCGGCCUUCUUACACCUGCCCUGGUCAAGGGCUUGAAACAGAUUCUGGCAGACGUGAUCCCGUUGCUGCCCGAGCUGAAGUCGUUGCUUACUCCAGGAACGAUUUCUGGCAUUGCAAACCUCUUGACAAACGCCAACUCCUUGUUGACUAAGUCUAAUGUCAAGGAGAUUGAGUCUUUGCUGUCCAACGCUGCUGGUCUGCUUAAUGAUGUGCUGCCGGUCAUGCCCGAGCUGAAGAAGUCGGUUCUCCGGCCAGCUGUCAUCGAGGAUCUUGGUUAUUUGGUCACCAAUGCCACCAAUCUGCUCAAGCCCAAGUUCGUCAACGAAACGCGUGGCCUCAUUGGUGAUGUUGCACCAUACAUCACGCCUGACCUUUUGGUCGAGGUGGGCGAUUUGUUGGGCAACGCCAACGACCUAUUGUCGAAGAAAUUCGUCAACGAGACAUCGACUCUCAUCGAGGACGUUUCUGACUUGAUGCCGAUACUCAUGAACCUGUUGGGUAAUAUGUAA